AUGUCUGCGUAGGUCGGUCCUCAUACAAUCUUUUAAUGCAACAUCAUCAUCUUAUCCGAUCCAUCCUCAUCUCAGCUCAAAAGCCGCAACACACGACUUCUUCUUUUUCAUUCACACCGUCCAUUCACUGGUAUCUGUGGCCUCUUACAAUUCUCAUUUGGUCUGAAGUGUGCACUGGCGUCUAAUCUUCCUCUCGAACCCUCGGUUUUGGAUUUCCCUCGUCGUUCGAAGCUCUCCUCCAGACCUACCCACCUCCCCCAAUAUUUGCGACCAACAACCUCUACCACGAGACAUCGCACUCUCCCUUUAUAACAAUCCAAGUCCCAUCCUUGCAGUGUACUUGCCAGGGUACUCUCCCUCUCAUCAUGCCCUCCACCAGCUUUGCAACUUUCCUCAUCAUCACCCCUGUCGCCUUCUUCCUCGGAAUCAUCUUCUCGCUGUUCCCCUACGAUUACCCACUACUAUGGAGCACCGCUCCUACCCCACCCUCACACUUUGAUGCGAUCGAGGCACACUUGAAACUGUUGCACAAUGCGCCAAACCUCAUUACACGGAUCCUGCACAUCAUGUUGGCCAUGGGACUGAUUGGUCUCGUCUCCAAACUCUACAAGCCUAGCGAGAGCAACAUGCUCUUUGACGGAGGGAGUCUGGUGCUCUACAUGGUCGCCGUCAUUGUCUACAUUGCCAACAUCAUCAAGGGUCUGCGCAUCGUCAGCGACGGACAUUAUGGUCUCGGCCUAAACCAGUUGAGCCAGGAUCAGCUGGACAACGUCGAUUCGUCCGGCUAUGACGUCGACUCCGGUGAUAGUGUGCUUGGUCGAGAGGACAACCUCAAGGUGCUGGCGGCCAGCAACACCAUCCUCGCCUUGGUCCUGGUCGGUGUCUUGGUCCUGCAGGUCGGACAGUGGUAUGCCGACCGCUCCGAUGAGAAGGCAAUGAGGGAAUUCCAGGCCAAGGAAAAGGCCGAGAGCGCUUCGACUCCAUCGAGUGUCAAGAGGCAAGGUAGCGGGAGUGAAGGGAAAAAGAACAAAUGACGUCGUUGAUGUAUAUCAACUGAAAUCGACCUACCGUUCGAAGCUUGUUAUCAUAUCUCAGACAUGACAUGCUUGCGUGACCACGAUGUUGGUGUCUUGGCCAGCUUCAAUGCUUGGGCGGGGUUCGAUUGGAUCGUUUUCGCCAAUCUUGAGGCCACUCGGGCUCUUAGCUGUCCAUUUACAUUAUCUCACGGAGAGAUGAGUGUAUCAGAAAGGUCAAGGUGUAUACUAGCAUAGUCUUUGAGGACCUUGAGCUGUGUGCUCGUUGGGCCUGUGCCUGAUCUUUUUAACCGUGACAUGCCCAUUUUAUGCACGUACAUAUGACAUGUCUUGACGACAGAUGCCCUUUGCUUCAUGAUUCGAGAAUUCAAACACUUUCAACAUUCAUGAAUCAGUGCUGACAUGAUAGAAUGAGGCCUACCAGACGCAUCCACAUACUACCUAAUGAAUGUACUGAGUAUAUGAGU